AUGCUCACGCGAUGUCAUCGGCUUCUCUUACUUAUGCAUCUACACUCGGUGGUUCUUUGUCUAGAAGCACCACUCCUGAACCUCAAAUCAUGGCUACGCUCAAUCAUCACCACAUGCUACUCGGUUCUGGAUUUGUUAGGGCUUGUUUCAUCCAUUCAUUGCCUCCCUACCACAAGUGAUCUUAUAACUCUGCAAAAUCGACCUCCUUCAAUCAUCUUUUCUAUAUCUUCAUAUGAUACAAGCUCUUCAGAUAAUCUGGUCAAAGACAUCAUUGGCUCCCUUUCCGUUGCUGUGGUCGAUCUUCCUUCUCCUCGCCACCGUCGCCACUGCUUCCUCCACCCUCGCCGGCGUCAGACCUUCUUUCUCCUUGCCAACGUCCUUUUCUUCCUUCCCAUCACCGACAUCCUGAACUCGUUUGGUACGAGUUUAAGGCUUGGACUAUUUGAGUACGAAGUUUCUAGGGUUCUGGGUGGUGGUCUGGUACCUGGUUCUUUGAUUUUGAUUGGUGGUGAUCCAGGUGUCGGGAAGAGUACACUAAUGUUACAGGUCGCAGCCAUUAUAACAGAAGGGAGAGAAAUCGGAAAACCAGCUCCUGUACUUUAG